AUGUCGCGGCGCGAGUCGCUUAAAAAAUCGUGGCAGGAUCGCGUGACGCGGAAGGAGCGACGAACGAUAUGGACUGAUGAACAAGGUCAUAGAAGAAUAAGAAACACUGAUGCCCGAGAUUAUUCCAGUAUGAAUGAUCGAUCCAAACUGGAUGAAGUUCCAUGGUUUAUAAAACCUGAAAGCUUAUAUUUAUAUAAUAAUGUAAUAUUAUUAGAUACUAGAAAUCCAAAAUCUUAUGAAACAUCUCAUAUUCGUAAUUCUGUUAAUGUUCAUGAUAUAUUCACAUAUUUAUUAAAAUCAUCUGAACCGAAAGAUAUUGAAAAUAUGAGAAAUCAUUUUCAACAGCGACUUAGUGAAGUAGGGAUAACCGGUGAUUUGAAUGAACAUGUUGUUCUUUAUGAGCAAGGUAUGAAUAAAAAUUAUGGGUCAAGCUGUCGUGGAUUUUUUCUACUAAAAUGGAUGCAUCAUCCAAAUGUUUCUGUACUACAAGGAGGGUUAGAUGCUUUUUUACAAACAGAUGUUGGUAAAAUGCAAAUGACAAAUGAACUGCCAACAAUAAAGCAAUGCGUGUAUAAUGGUCAAGAUGAUACAAAUGACUGGUUGAUGGCACAUAAAAAUGAUAUUUUAGACGUAUUGAAUAAUAAGCGGAAAGCACACUUAUUAGACGUUAGAGAUGCUGCUGAAUGGCAAGGUUUAACUAGUUCACCUUAUGGAAUUGACUUUUCUCCAAGAAAAGGACGAAUAUUAAAUUCAAUAUGGAUCGAAUGGUAUAUAAAAAACAUAUUUUUUACGCAUUUUAGUUAUGUUUUUCGUAAAUUUGUUAUAUACCGAGCGUAUCUUUUGUUAUUUUAA